AUGAUUUGGUGUCUGCGUCGUCGCUACAGGACAAUCUGUCUGUCCUUGGCCUUCAUCACUAUUUUCCUCCACCUCUUCCUGGCGCUGCUCUCUCUUUCUAUUUACCACCAGCCGUGUGACCCCCUGUCGCCAACCAAGACACACACGGCGACUGACCUGGCACGCACCAGCUUCACCUCAGCGGGGAUUGGGGGUUUAGCUGAGCCUCCAGCUGAUGCUGCCCAAACAAAUGCUUCCAAUAUGGAUGCCAAUAAGGAGGCCAAAGGUCACGUGCGAACUGCUCCGUCUUCAGUCACCAUCGACAACAACGUUGAGCCCUUGGCGUCUGGGUUGAAGAAACUGGAGGCACUGUUUGACCAUCCUCUGUACAAUAUGCCCCGCCCUCCUGUCCCUGAAGAGGAUGUGCUGCUGAAAGUGAAGUCAAAGGUCAAAGCUGCUCAGGAGAGCUCUCAGAUGUGGGUGAGUGCAAGUCAAGAAGGCUAUGAGGACGCGCAGUGGAACAGCAACAGCAGCACUCAUCCACCCUGGCUGCGUUUCCACCUGGGCAUCUCCCGCUGGCAGCUCUACGCUCACCGUGACGCCAACGUGGAGGCUCUGACCCAGCAGAUCUCCACGAACCGCAUCGUUAGUGCAGUGCAGAAGUCUGGCGGGACGCAACUGAAGCUGGUGAUGUCAUUUCCCAACUACGGACAAGCCAUGUUCAAGCCCAUGAAACAGGAGAGAGAUGAUGAAACCAACUACAACCUCUACUACUUCUCAGACUUUGAGAGACACAAUGCCGAAAUUGCAGCUUUUCACCUUGACAGGAUUUUAGGCUACAGGAGAAUCCCUCCCGUGGUUGGGAGGCUGGUGGACGUGAUAAAGGAGAUUAAAGACAUCACCACUGACCACAAGCUGGCUCGCACAUUUUUCACCUCCCCUGUGGGGAACGCAUGUUUCUACGGCCUGUGCUCCUACUAUUGUUCUACAGAGCACGCCGUGUGCGGGCGUCCCAAGAAUGUGGAGGCCUCCAUGGCUGUCAUGCUUCCAGAUCUCUCCCUGGCUACGCGGAGGAGCUGGAGGUCGCCCUGGAGACGCUCGUACAGCCGCAGCAAGCUGGCCAAGUGGGAAACUGAUUCAGAUUACUGUUCCAGUGUGAAACAGAUGCCGCCAUUCAACAAAGGCACAAGGCUGGUGGACUUCAUGGACAUGGUCAUACUGGACUAUUUGAUGAGUAACAUGGACCGACAUCACUAUGAGACCUUUGAGAAGUUUGGCAAUAAUACUUUCUUGUUGCACCUUGACAAUGGGAGAGGAUUUGGUCGUCACUCCAAAGAUGAGCGUUCUAUCUUAGCUCCUCUGAAGCAAUGCUGCAGAAUCCGCCGCUCCACCUGGAUGCGUGUGCGUCUCUUGUCUCUGCCUCGGUAUCGCCUCAGCGAUGUCAUGCGAGCCUCCCUGUCCCGCGAUCCCCUCCACCGCGUGGCUCCACUGCUGUCGGAGCUCCACCUCGCCGCCCUCGAUCGGCGUCUGAAAACCGUGCUGGAGACCGUGAGUGUUUGUCAGCAGCAGCAGAGCGAGGGCGGCGGAGGUGACGAGGUCAUCUUUGAUGACACGGCACACUUAAAGGACACGGUCAGUCCGGCAGAGUAGGAC